CCAUGAAAACCAGCAUCACUAUUGCUCUCUUUCUUUGCUGGAUCUGGACACCCCAGAGGAUGACAACUGGCAGGAUGGUAAGGGCGAUGUCGGUGAUGAUAUCAAUGACUCCAGCGGCAUAGUACAGCGCAGACUGGUUUCGGCAGACGCCAGAGGAGUUGUUCCAUGGCUGUGGCAAGGAGCACUGGAAUGCAAACCCGAAGACGGUCCCAACUCCCCAUGUAGCAAUAAGGCAUAGGAUGAUCCUUCCGACCCUGAUGGUGGCCACGUUUGGCGUCAAUCUUAUGAUGAAAAGGAGCAGCGACAUUUUGGCCAGGACGAUGGUUAUGAUAAAUAGAAUCUGAUAUGUGUAGUUAUAUUUGUUGCACAUGUCUAUCUCGUCGUCGAGUAGGCUGGCUUCGUGGCGUCCAAGACCAGCCAGGGCUGCUUUAUGAAGUAUGCCGCAUUGUAUCAGCCCAAACGCCUGUGGUAUUGUCAGUUUGGUAUGGGGAGGCAGAUGUACGUAGAGGGCCUCCUUACACCAGCAGCUGCCAUCAGGUUAUCAUCGAGGCUCCAUGAUCUGAUGGAUAGCUUCCUGAGCAGGCUGACGAUGACUGUUAUAACCAUAAAACACAUCAUCGUCCAGUUUGCUAUAACCACAUAUCCACCAUGAUCGGUAUCGCUAAUCACCCAAUGCGGAGGUGACAAUGCCGCCAGCGGGUUUGGAUCUGACUCGGCUCUCAUCUUGAGAACGAAUUAACAAUUAAGCAUACACGGUUAAAUUUUCCAGAUGCCUCAGUGAAGAAUAAUUAUCAAUAUCAGAGGGGUCGGCGACCACGCCAGUCACUCCCCUCGCCCCUGACCGCCCACUCUGGGAUUCCGCAUGUGCUGGGUAUUAUAGGGCACCCUUGUCCGCUGCAACCACCCACUCCCAUGCGACAUGGCAUGAUUUCUUUUGGCGCGCUGUGAAUCUGAUAGCGGUGAAUAAAAGGUCCCUGGUUCGAGCGCUCGGUGUAAUGAGCCAGUUGUGACAAAUUAUCCAAAUAGAAAAAGUACUGAUCACUUCUAGGAGUGCUUCUCGAUCACACCCGGCGGCCCUCUGCACCUGUGCUACUGGGCAGGAUGCACAAUGUAACGGGGCAGGGCACUCUGGUGCCUGUUCUAUCGUGUUUUGUCUCGAAUGCCGGCUCCCCGCGUGCCGAAUUUUGCCCGCUCAAGCUCUCAUCUUCAAAUAUCCCCCCAAGGGAGCCUCUUUCCCAUGGCACCUCAAGCAUAUGAGUGUUUGAGGCCAUCUACUAUUUCAAAGACAUCGACGUCUCUAUAUCUCAAGCAUGACCAUGGAAUUCGAGAUGACGGGGCGCCGGCCCAGCAAGAACGGUUCGGGCGAGGUCAGGCACGAUGAUGAGGAGUACUCUUACGGCAGCCGUGACCGAGCUGUUCUCGCAAACUUGGGGAAGAGGCAGGCAUUAAAGCGGAGCUUUGGCUUCAUAUCCAUGGUGGGGUUCUCAAGCACAUUGAUGGCUACAUGGGAACCAUUAUCAGCCUUACUGCAAGGAGGACUUCUCAAUGGUGGUCCAGUAUCGCUGGUAUAUGGCUUCAUCCUCUGUUUCUUCGGUACGCUUGCGACUUGUGCGUCACUGGGUGAGAUGGCAUCAAUGAGUCCAACAUCUGGAGGGCAAUACCACUGGGUUGCGCAGCUGGCACCGCGCAAGUACUCCAUAUUGUUGGGGUGGUACACUGGAUGGGCCUCAGUCCUUGCAUGGCUAGCUGCUACGGCGGCACCAGCCUUUCUCGGCGGGACUUUGAUUCAGGGUCUCCUAGUCCUAAACCACGACACAUAUGUAUUCGAGCGAUGGCAUGGAACUCUGCUCUAUACUGCGAUUAUCACCUCAGCAGUCCUCGUGAACAUCUUUGGCAUCAAAAUCCUACCUCAUUUAGAAAGCGCCAUUCUCUUGAUACACAUCGGACUCUGGUUUCUCCUUUUAAUCCCGAUGGUAUGUCUUGCACCUCAACAUUCAGCUGAGUGGGUCUUCACGGAUUUUGAGAACCAAGGGGGUUGGAGUAGCGAUGGCGUGUCUUGGUGUGUUGGCCUUCUCACAAGCGCCUUCCCAUUUACUGGCUUUGACGGUGCGUGGCACAUGAGCGAGGAAAUUGAAAACGCAACAACCGUCGUUCCCCGCGCCAUGAUCACAAGUAUUGUCCUCAAUGGCUUUCUCGGCUUCGGUUUCCUGAUUGCCCUCCUAUUCAGCAUGGGGGACACCAACGCCGCCCUUUCAACCCCCACGAGAUACCCAAUUAUCGAAAUAUUCUACUCCGCGACGAGUUCAAAGUUGGCCGCAACCCUAAUGGUCUCAGGCAUUGUCCUAUCGGCCGUAACAUCCACCUGGGGUCUGCUCUCCGCCGCGUCGCGUAUGACUUGGGCAUUCUGCCGAGACAACGGACUACCUUACUCGCCCUACUUUGCACACGUCCACAGCACCCGCCACAUCCCCGUCCGCUCUAUCCUUCUUACUACCGCCACCCUACUCGUCCUUGGCCUGAUUAAUAUCGCCUCUGCGGCUGCAUUCUAUGCCGUUACCGGCCUUGCAACCGUGGCCUUGUACUCCACCUACAUAGUCCCAAUUGCACUUCUCGUGCUACGUCGGCUCUCAGGGGAUGAAAUCCCCUUUGGCCCCUGGCACCUCGGGAGAUGGGGUAUGCCCCUUAACAUGUUCUCUUUACUGUACACGUUGUUCGUGUCAAUCUGGAUGUUCUUUCCCGCGUUUGUUCCGGUGACGGCUAUGAAUAUGAAUUAUACGAGUGUUGUGUACGGAGGAACAUUUAUUUUCAGUGCGGUGGCGUGGUAUACUUAUGGCAAGACGACGUAUCUGGGGCCGAUUAAGGAGGUGAGGGAGUAGGCAAGUUGUGUGUGUAACCUAUAUUUGGAUGCGGGAAUAGAUAUCAAUCAUGGCG